AUGUUAUUUCAAACUAGAGAAAAAACAUCUCGUUCUGUUUCACCAGCAAAUCGUUCAGAUUUAGUUACCAUAAUACCGAGGUCUCAAAGUCCAACCAUAACGAAAGAACAAUUAUAAGUAUUAAUUUGUAUAAUUAAGAACACCAAAUUUUACAAUCGUUUCUAUAGAUAGGAACAACGUUAUCAACUUUUAUAAGAUUAGGUUUACAGAUAUUUAUAAUGCAUAGAUUAAUGCAGAGAUCAAGGCAUUAUCAAACAAGAAGAAGAUUACAUAAAAUUCUUAUGCAAUUAUUGCCAAUUAAUUACAAUAAAGAAUUUCAGAUACAUUAUUUAGAUUCUAAAGUGAAAGACUUGAUUUUGCAUAAAUUGGAGCAGCAUUCACUGAUUUAAAAAUAUUUUAAGAAAUAAUCUUUGAUAGCAAUUGUGAAUGUAAAUUUAUAUUUAAAAUAUAGUAAUAAAUAGCGAUUAACCUCUUAAUUUAAGAGGUAAACAAGAGGUAUUUAUAAAUAUAUAUAUAUUUAGAUGUUGAUGCAUGAGAUGUUGUGGAAUCUAGUAUCACAAGAUGGUGAACAUGAAUAAGUUGAAACAUAAAUGGUAUUAUGUGUAUUUAGAAUCUUGAUGGAUCCAGUCAAAUUGACAGUUGAAGAAACAGCAUAAUUAGUAUUAGACUUUUUAAACUACGAAGUCACUAAUUACACUUAAAAAUUUGAUCAAGCAAAAAGAUUAGUUAUUCAAUUUAGAGCUUUAACAUAAAAUUAAAUUUUUUCUAGUUAUCCAGAUAAAAAAAAAGAAAUUGAAGAUGUAAAAGAUAAAUAUUCUCCAUCAAUAAAUUAGAAAUCUUAAAUUUUAGCUUAUCAAAACAGAUAAAAAUAUAUGGAUAAAUAAUUAAGUACUCAAAGUUAAAGUUGUAUUGAUGUUCUAUUAAAAAAGAAAGAAGUAUUUGAUAGGGAAAUUUAAAAAUAAUAACUAUAAAAAUAAGAAGAAAAAAUGAAAGAAUGUACAUUCUAACCUAAAAUUAAUUAAAAUUAUUCAUAAAAUUCUACUAUUGAUGUUGUAAGUAGAUUAUAUACUUAAGAAUCUAUUCAUUAAAAAAAAAUGUAUUAAGAAGAAACUAUAAGAAAAACUUAAGAAUAAAAAGAAUUAAUUGAAUUGAAUUAAUGCACAUUUACACCUUUAAUAAAUGAUGGUAUACCUAUAUCAACAACAACUGCAAGCACUCCUAAAGAUUAUGAUAAAAUGGUAGAUAGAAUGAGAAAGGCUAAUAAUAAAGCAAGAGAAUAAAAAGAAAAAUUAAAUCAGUAUUAAUUUACCUUAUAUUUAGUAUUUCUACUGGAGAAUAAUUAGAAAAACUAAGAAAUUCUCCAUUUAAUCCACCAUAAAUGGUAAAUAGACCAAAAUUAAAAAAAAAACCAAUUGUUAUAAUGGAUGUAAAUAUUUGUCCGGGAAAACAAGGAAGAUUAGCUCUUUAUGAAGAUUAAGAUCCUUAAGAUGUAGUCAAAAACUUUGCAAAAUUAUUCAAUUUGAAUACAGAGAUGUCAGAUAUAUUACUAAAUGUUUUAGAAUAAGAGAGAUAAAAAAUGAUCAAAAAAUAAUGCACUUGA